ACUUUUCGACAAUUGCCUGUCUCCUUCUGCUACAAUUCUCAGUCUCUGCAACUUCACCUCUCUCUCUCUGUGGUCUCUCCCUCUUCCAUCCUUGUUACAGCCUGCAAUAUAAAGAUUCCACUUUUCUCUCAUAAAUCCUAACCCUAGCAAUGGCCCCCAAAUCCAGUAACUCCAAACGCAAAACCCCGCAAGACCUCCACUUCAAGUCUGGUUCCAUCGUCGAGGUCAGCUCCGACGACGAAGGAUUCCGUGGCUCCUGGUAUGUGGGCACCAUCAUCCGCCGUGCGUCCUCCAAGAACGGGAAUAAAUACGAAGUCCAGUACGAGAAACUGUUCGAUGACGAUGCGGGCAAGAAACCUUUGAGGGAAAUUCUUGAUUUCGUGCAGUUGAGGCCUGUGCCGCCAAGGGAGAAAAAAAGGAAGUUUAAGUUCGGCGAGAGGGUGGACGCAUACCACAAUGAUGGGUGGUGGGAAGGGUCCAUUACCGAGGAGUGUGAGGAUGGGAAGUUUGCUGUGUUUUUUAGGGGGACGAGGGAGCAGAUUGUGUUUGGAGAGGAGGAUUUGAGGCUGCACAGGGAGUGGGAAAAUGGGGAAUGGCAACCGCCAUUGGAAGGGGUCCAAGAGGAGAAAGAGGAAGAGGAGGUAAAAGAGAGAGAAAAGAAAGACGAGGCAAAGGAUGAAGUGGAAGCAGUGAUUAGAAAAGUAGUGAAUUCUAUCGAAGCAAUGACAGAGGAAAAGUGUAGCGAGGAAAUGCUGGUCGAGGAAGCACCGAGGAUGAAAGAAGUGGAGCCUAUUGAAACAGUGACAGAGGACAAGUUUAGCAAGGGAAUGCUGGUUGAGGUUAGUAGUGAUGAAGAAGGUUUUGAAGGUGCUUGGUUUGCUGCAACUAUUAUUGAAGCAGUGGGAAAGGACAAGUACCUUAUUGAGUAUCAGAGCUUGAGAAAAGAAGAUGAUAGUGAUUUUCUGAGAGAGGAGAUAGACACUCAAAAUAUAAGGCCCUAUCCCCCAGAAACCAUAGUUGUUGAUCGUUUCAAAUUGCUAGACGAAGUUGAUGCUUCAUACAAUGAUGGUUGGUGGGUUGGUGUCAUUGCCAAGGUUCUUGCAGACUCAAAGUACAUAGUCUACUUUAGGGACAGUGAGGAGGAAAUGAUGUUCCGACACUCUGAAUUAAGGCUACAUCAGGACUGGAUCGGUGGUGAAUGGAUCUUGCCUUCAUUGAGUGUGAAGCUGUGAUUGCUGGAGAAACUGCAACAGUUUUGCCUGCAGCAUUGCUCCGCAGAUGUUGAUGUCCGAUUCCACAUUGUAUUCUUUGGUAGUUGUGGAUACCAAGUUUUCCUGGCUGUCACCUGACAAGUUUCACAUCCUUGGCUGUUUUACUACUUUUCUAGUAUUAGACUUGUGUUGAUUCCUUUUAGAUUCGGCCUCGAUAGUGCAGUCUCAAGCUGCAUCAUUCAAGCUGGAAAAAAAAUUGCAAGGCCAGUACUUCUAGUUAAAUUGUACGAUGCCACUGAAAUGUUAAUAUGCAAGUUUCUUUGCUAA